CGCUAGUGAGGCAGGCUCAUAGACACCAGGUUUUCCGUGCUGCAGUAGGGUCCCUGCCUUACAGAGGCGUGUGGCGUCCCUAAUUACCUCCACAAGUACGAGCUAACUAAGUAAGCUUUCGCGGAGAUUUACGAGCAAGAGUACAGCGAGAAUUUACAUCCCGGAAAAGUAGACUCCAACCAUUCUUCAAGGCCUUCGAUUCGUAGAGGACGCUAGACGACGAGUGAGCGCGCGUACGCUACUACCUCCACGAAACGUUCUGCCUAACCCUUGAUUGAAUACUGAAGAGCCGCAGGUAUCCUCGAAACCACUAGCGUGUCUUUCGUCACACGCCUCCCGUUCAGUGCGCUGCUAUCGAUGUUGCUCUUUCAUCGAAGCCUCGUGCCACGCGCCGUCAACUCUGGACCUUUCACUUCCAGCGGUAGCGAGCAUAAUUCUUCCUUACUACGCAAUGCGCCUCGUCUUAUUUCUUCGUAGUAUUUCGUUGACUGAGUAAACGGCGAUCACUCGUUGCGUCCUCCGCACAGAGCUGACGCGCCGCCGCAAAACAGAGCAUCGCUAGGUGCUUACCCGACAGAGUCUACCUGCACAUUUGAUCUGCGCGCCAAGCCUCUUUCUACUAAUGGUGUCAUACUGUAUUCUAAGCCAUUUUUGAGUCGACUAAAAAAUCACCCACGGAGUUGGCGCGCUGCCGCAAAACAGAGCCUCGGUAGAUGGGCCUACGCGCACUAUGGCACAGAUGAACUGCGCGCCAAGCCUCUCGCUGCUACUAGUGGCGUUUUACUGUAUUGUAGGUCUCCUGGUGUCCGUUGCGGCAGGUGACGACCCGCAGAGCGGGACGGAUCGUGACUUACAGAACGGCAGGCGGAACGGUUUCGACCCUCGUUUCGAGCCGCGUUUCGACCCACAGAACGGAACGGGUGUCGUCCCGCAGCAUGGAACAGGUCGCGGCUCACAAGCCGACUGUACGUCGGACGUACAGAAUGGCACAACGCAGCAGCACCCGCCGCGGCGGCAGUGCGAUUGCCGAACGCACAAACAGGCUGCGAGUCCGUGCGAUUGCGGUUACAGGUCUCGCCAGCACGUCAGCUCUCGCAGCACUUCGUGCGGCGACAAUUGCUCAGUCGGCCGUCCAUGGCGGAAAGGGGAGGACCGCGCCCGCUAUCGGCGAAUCGGACAUCUGCAGCAAUUGCUUCAGUCGCGCCUCACACGGAGCCUCUUAGAAGAACGGUACUUUGCUAAGCGGCUCUUAGUGGACGUGCCGCAGAUGGAGCCGUUGGCUGAGAACCGCACUAGGCGAAUCGACCCGCUGCAGCAGUUCCAGUACUACGAAGGCGGGUGGGACCCCAGCAGCAAAUACUACUGGGCAUCAGUGGCAUGGGCGGGGGUCUAUGGCCUCAUAGUGGGGUGGCGUGGGUUAUAUUCGGUAUAAGCAUCCUCGCUUUCGCGCUCUGCGCAUGCCUCUUCUGCCGCAAGCGGUGGAAGUCGCGCAUGGACAGCGACCCGCCUCAGUACACAACGUUUCAGAUCCGCGUACCACUUGUCGCGCUCUCAUUGGCCGCCCCUCAUCAUCCUCGUGGGCUUUGCGCUGCUGGUAACGGGGCAGGUGCUCUUCCAGAGCAACUACAGCAGCGCCACCCAGUUCACUCUCGCCACAAACACAAGCCGUCGUGGGCGUCACUCAAAACCUCUCCCUCGCCGUGCAGCAAUCCGCCAACGCUGCUGUCUUCGGCGUCAUCGUUCCGCCCCCCACCCAGCAGUCGCUGCUCCAGGGAGCAGCGAAGGCAGAGCACAUGGCAGCUGACAUCGAGGCUCGGAUCACUGAUAGCGUCGACAGAAUGGAUGGCUACGUGAAGAUUGUCACUGUCACCAUUCUGGUCAUCGGCUCUGUUACGGCUCUGCUCGUGCUGCUGGGAGUGGUGACUGCGUUCCUCCAGUGGGCUGUUGCAUCGCACGUACUCGUUAGCCUCAUCUGGGCCAUGGGGUUCAUCACUUGGUGCACUGUCACCCUCUGCCUGCUCUCCACUCUAUUUGCGGGCGACACAAGUGCGGCCAUGUGGCAGGUGUCGCAGCAGGAGCCCAUGGGCAACUCCACCAUGCAGGCGUGGCUUCCGUGUGCCAAGGCGGACGACAUGCAACAAGCCCUCAACACCACUGCUGCCGCCCUCUCGGCCUCAAUCACCCAACUCAACGCCUCCAUCGCUACAAACUGCCCUCAGCUGUUGACUGCGGUCAACGCCAGUGGCAUCUGCAACCCCUAUGCGGACGGCACAAGUCUAACCUACAACCUCACCUCCUGCCUACCUGGGACCAUGCCGCCCACUGAACUUCUUCAGACACUAGCCGCAGCAGCAUGCUCCAACAGCACGUGCCACAUACAGCAUCCCAAUGGCACGCAUCUGGAGGUGCAAGUGCCAGAGGCCGUGCUGAAUGACCUCAAGAACGCCUCGUCCGCCCUGAAACUCCUCUACUCCACCGUGCCCGCCCUGCUUCAGAUCGCCAACUGCACCUACGUCAAGCAGAUUUGUGAGUAUGCCUCUGGGCUAGCGCAGGACAUGGAGCGGGACUUCAACAUGCUGUGGUGGGGCUUCAUCGUCGUGUCCAUCGCAUCCAUGCUCUUCGCGCUCGCCCUCCCCAUCUACAUCUUCCGCUGCUCCCACCCGCUCAACCCACCUCACUAUCCUCUCUCCGGCUCUUCCCACAGCCUUGCUGAUGAUGAUGGUAACGUGCCUGGUGCAGACGAUGAUGCGCCUCGUGCUGCUGGUGCACUCUUUCGAAUGAUUGAUGUGAAGCUUGACGGAGAUAGCACGGAAAAUUUAUCCCGCUCCACUGAGCAACAGGAUUCUGCUUUUGAUACGAGUGGCUCGUCCUAAUGGAGAAGAGCAGUAAUACUAUGGUUCCGAGGAAAUGGGAGAGGUGCAUUGCUGUGCUUGCUUUCAGUACAUUUGGAGAAUAUGGCACUGCAUAGGAUGUAUGUAUGUAUACCUAAAUAUUUGUAUAUGUGUGCAUGAAUGUUCACUUAUUGAUGACGUGUGACUUUUGCAU